GGGGAAGGGGAAGCAUCGGCUUAAGGGGAACGAAGAAAAGGGGACUGCCCCAGCCCGUUCCCAGUCAAGAACACCGAACAAGAGAGAGAACCAAAAUCGACAAGUUGGCUUCUAUUUCCUUUUGUUUUUUUCCAAAUUCAAGUCAGUCAAUCAAGUCACAAUGCCAGGCUCAGCGAUAUCACGAGCGCUGUCGCGCGCAGCGAGGACGAGCCCCGCAUUCCCCCGCGGUUGCCAAUUCGGCUUUGGGGUACCAUCAACAGCGGCAGCGGCAGCAUCACCACGGGCAGCAGCACCACCAGCAGCCUUCGCAUUCGCCCGCCAGCAAAGGCGCAAUGCCUCGUCUAAGCAUCCCAAGGGCUUCCAGCCGCCCUCGCAGAGCGACCUCGCCGAGCUGCGCGAGCGUGUCCAAGAGUUCACCCGCCGCGAGUUGACCGAGGAGGUGGCGGCGGCGACCGACAAGAACAACGACUUCCCGGCCGACAUGUGGGGCAAGCUGGGCGAGGCCGGCUUUCUCGGCAUCACGGCGGACGAGGACGUGGGCGGACUGGGGAUGGGCUACCAAGCGCACUGCGUGGUGAUGGAGGAGCUGUCGCGGGCCAGCGGGUCCAUCGCGCUGAGCUACGCGGCGCACUCGCAGCUCUGCGUCAACCAGCUGCAACUCAACGGCACCCCGGCCCAGAAGCAAAAGUACCUGCCGGACCUGAUCGCCGGCCGCAAGGUGGGCGCCCUGGCCAUGUCCGAGUCCGGCUCCGGCAGCGACGUGGUCAGCAUGCGCACGCGCGCGACCGAGGUCGACGGCGGCUACGUGCUCAACGGCUCCAAGAUGUGGAUCACCAACGGGCCCGACGCCGACGUGGUGGUCGUCUACGCCAAGACCAUUCCUGACGGCGGGUCCAAGGGCAUCACCGCCUUCAUCGUCGACACGGCCUCGCCCGGCUUUACCUGCCUGCGCAAGCUCGACAAGAUGGGCAUGCGCGGCAGCAACACGGGCGAGCUCGUCUUCGAGAACCUCUUUGUGCCCCGCGAGAACGUCCUCGGGCCCGUCAACGGCGGCGUGCGAGUGCUGAUGGAGGGGCUCGACCUCGAGCGGCUGGUCCUGAGCGCGGGCCCGCUGGGUCUGAUGCAGGCGGCCCUGGACGUGGCGCUGCCCUACAGCCACACGCGCAAGCAGUUCGGCACGCCCGUCGCCCACUUCCAGUUCGUCCAGGGCCGCCUCGCCGACAUGUACACCAAGCUGCAGGCCUCGCGCGCCUACACGUACGCGACGGCCCGCGCCGUAGACGAGCAGGGGCUCAUCCGCACCCACGACUGCGCCGGCGCCAUCCUGUACGCCGCCGAGCGCGCCACCGAGUGCGCCCUGGACGCGAUCCAGAUCCUGGGCGGCAUGGGCUACGUCGAGGAGAUGCCCGCCUCGCGCAUCCUGCGCGACGCCAAGCUGUACGAGAUUGGCGCGGGUACGUCCGAGGUCCGGCGCAUGGUUAUCGGGCGGGCAUUUAAUAAGGAGUAUGCCCAUUUGUCAAGUUAGAUGUAUAUCCCUUUGAAGAAAUAAAACAAGAUUAAAAUACCGC